UAGGUGGCGCUGAUUCAUUUCCUCAAAUCAGUUUACAGGUCGAAGGUAAAAGUAGAAGAAGAAGCAGCAGCGGCGCUUUCCUUGCGUUGGCUAAAAAAUGGCUAAACAUCAUCCAGAUCUGAUCUUUUGCAGAAAACAGGCCGGUGUUGCUAUCGGGAGACUUUGCGAGAAAUGUGAUGGAAAGUGCGUAAUCUGUGAUUCCUAUGUGAGACCGUGCACCCUAGUGCGCAUCUGUGACGAGUGUAAUUACGGCUCCUACCAGGGACGCUGUGUCAUCUGUGGUGGGCCGGGUGUGUCUGAUGCCUACUACUGUAAAGAGUGCACCAUCCAGGAGAAAGAUCGAGAUGGAUGUCCGAAGAUUGUAAACUUGGGCAGCUCUAAAACAGAUCUGUUUUAUGAAAGGAAGAAGUACGGCUUCAAGAAGAGGUGAAGAUGCUGCAGCACCGUCCGUGUUUUAGUUUUUCAGCUUUUGCAGACUUUCUUUAAAACCUCAAGAAACAUUUUUGACUUGUCAAUAAAAUUCAGUUUUAUAUUUCUGCCUUUA